AUGUCCUUGGCGACGGCGUUCAGAGACAUACAGACCCUGCUCAAGCGCAUUGACGGCACCACCGAGCCCUCCAGCAAGCUGGCACUCCAACGAGAGGCUCUGUCCCUCAUCAACGCCACCUCCCAGCGAGUGGAGUCGUCUGGGCUGUUCUCCACAAACGAAGAGGUCGACGAUCUCGCCACGGCAGACAUCCGGUACCUUCUCCUCCCUGCUUAUAGAGGGAGCAUUCUCUCUUCCUUCAUUACAGAGUCCCGGGACCAGAGGAAGACGGUGCUCUUGGCGGCACGGGCCUCCUUCAGCGCCUUCCUCCUCCGGCUCGUCCAGUAUAAAAUGCUCGCUGGCACAGCAAACGAGGCUGCCGCUCAAAUCCUCGAUCAGGAGCGCGAGGGAGAAGCCCUGCCAUUGGAUGCCGCCACGGUGCGGCAACGCAAGAUAACCUUCUUCAAGAGGAGAAAGGAGCUUGCUGCGCUGCUGGAGAGGGAGGGGACCAUGGAGGAUGCAGAUCUCAGGGAGGCAUCGGAUGAAGAUGCCAGGCGAAGAGCCUGGCUCUUGCACCUCGAGUCUGCAGCGCUGGCAGCUAUUGAUGACGUGGCAAUGAUCGAUGGGGAGGUGCCCCUCCUCAAGCAUGCCUCGUCCCUGCCGACGGCGCCGGGGGGGGGGGCUGUGGGUGUCGCAGACCGGCGCCGCACCGAGAAAGCGGGCGAGCUCUUGCAGGGACUGCGUGGGGUGGUCCAAGGCCUGCAGCAUGGUGAGCGUCAGCAGGUGCGUGACAACGUGUUCAAGCCCAGUCACAUCCUGCCCACGAUGAGCGUUGAGCAGUUUGGGGAGCUGGAGGCGCGGGCGGCUGCUCAGCGUGCGCAACGUGAGGAGGAAGCGGCGAGGGAGAAGGCCAGGGCGGAGGCUGGCCGGCGGUCAGAUGAUGAGGAUGACGACGCUGCUGCAAAGCAAAAGGUACUGGUGUGGAGUUAG